UAUAAAAAAUACUAUACUUUCAUUGUUUAAACUAGAAAAGUGCUGAGCAUAAGUGGACUAAAUAGUUAAUUUUUUCUUGGGUGUAAACUUUCUUUUUGUAUAUUAUUUACUAAGGUUAGUUGUAAAAAUACAAAUUAAAUUCGCUGUCAUAAGUUAAAUGUCUCGUUAUUGAGCUUAAAAAUAAGUGGAAUAACGACACAUUAGCUGUCAUCGAUGGGCUAACUGCUAUAGACAAGCCAAUUGAACAAACUUUCCAAAUUUUCAUACGAACUGCCAGCACUGAAAUCGAAUUGUCUAUAUGGUCACACUAAACUCUUUGACAGUUCGCUAAAAUCAAUUUAAACAAUCAAAGUUGAAAAAAAUCGAAUCAUUUUAUGUUAAAAACGGAAAUGCAAAACAAUGAGUUUUUUAAUUUAGUUUCUCAGUAUUUACAAAAUGAAGAGGAGCUUAUGAUUGGGAGUGCUGGUAUAUUAGCAUUUUUAGAUGAAAUGUCAUCUAGCUCCAGCUCGGAAUCAUCAUCAAGCUCUGAGGAAUCGUAUAUGGAGGUAACCAAUAAAUGCCAAAAAAUUGAAGGCUAUGGCGAGAAUGAAUUCAAAUCGUACAUGAGAUUGCGGCGUUCGACCGUGGAAUAUUUAAUAGAGAAAUAUACAAAUAGCAUUAAGCCCAAAACAAAUACUGGUGGAAGAGAUAUUGUACCACUUAGAAAAAAGUUGUAUAUUUAUAUUUGGUACAUUUGUUUGGAGCGUCUUCUUCAACUGCUUGGCCUUAGUAGCAAGGGGAUACUAACCCUUGGUUUCUACCACCGUCCACGUCUUACGUUUUCUGCAACAAAUUUAAUUUUUAUUAACGUUUUUUAUUCAAUACAAAAAUAAUUACGAUUUAUCUUCGCCUACCAUUUUCAAUUUCAAAUUUGUGUAUAACAAUUUUUAUUAUUUUGGCAUUAAGUUGUCCUUUGAUUAAAAAGAUUUUUAAAAAGGUAUUCGCAUACUCUCCUGCACGAAUUCAACUAGACUACUACUACUACUACUUUGUUGUUGCUUUCACAUGUAAAAUUUUUGACAGGCGAGCAACGCCCAAAGAUAGCGAGCAGAAAAAUGACCAAUCGAUGGCAGCUAUUCUUAUCCUGACUGUUUAUUUUUUUACGAAUCAGAAUGCAUUUUUUACACCAUAUGGACAGUGAUAUUACGCACAUUUCUGCAUACUCAACUUAAAAAUCGUGUUUUUUUAGUUGUGACACUAUUCAUGUAAAUCAGCUACAUUUAUUUCAUUUUAUUUAGUUUUUCUUACGCACACCCCUGUGCUCUUCGGUUUUGAAUUGGGUUUGAUCCAUUUUACUCUUUUUGGUCCAUACAUAAAUAAGAUGUCAAACAGCUCACAGUCACAAUUCAGUGGCAAAGCAGUUCGAAAAUUAGCAAUCAUAGUUCAGUAGCAAUAGCAGUUCGAAAAGUAGCAAUCAUAGUUCAGUAGCAAUAACAGUUCAGGAUCACAAUAGC